AUGGGAGAACCCCGGGCUGGGGCCCCGCUGGAAGAUGGCAGUGGCUGGACAGGCAGCGAGGCGGGCAGUGAGGAGGGCACGGGUGGCAGCGAGGGGGCCGGAGGAGACGGGGGCCCAGAUGCGGAGGGUGUGUGGAGCCCAGACAUUGAGCAGAGCUUCCAGGAGGCUCUGGCCAUCUACCCACCCUGUGGCCGGCGGAAGAUCAUUCUGUCCGAUGAAGGCAAGAUGUACGGUCGGAAUGAACUGAUUGCCCGUUAUAUCAAGCUGAGAACAGGGAAGACCCGGACGCGAAAACAGGUGUCUAGUCAUAUCCAGGUUUUGGCCCGAAGGAAAUCGAGGGAAAUCCAGUCCAAGCUCAAGGCCCUCAAUGUGGACCAGGUUUCCAAGGACAAAGCCUUCCAGACAAUGGCCACUAUGUCCUCGGCCCAGCUCAUCUCAGCACCUUCACUGCAGGCCAAACUGGGCCCUGCCAGUCCUCAGGCCUCUGAGAUUUUCCAGUUUUGGUCGGGGGGUUCUGGAACCUCCUGGAAUGUUCCAGACGUGAAGCCGUUCUCCCAGCUGCCUUUCUCCGUGUCUCUGUCUCCCCCGCCCACCGAACUCCCAGGGUACGAGCCCCCACAAGCCCUCUCACCCCCGGCCCUGCCCCCACCUGCUCCGUCACCACCAACCUGGCAGACUCGGGCCCUGGGCACCUCCCGGUUGCAGCUGGUGGAGUUCUCAGCCUUUGUAGAGCCACCGGAUGCUGUGGACUCUUACCAGAGGCACCUCUUUGUGCACAUCAGCCAGCGCUGCCCCAGCCCCGGCGCGCCGCCUCUGGAGAGCGUGGACGUCCGGCAGAUCUACGACAAGUUCCCCGAGAAAAAGGGCGGCCUGCGGGAGCUGUAUGAUCGCGGGCCCCCCCAGGCCUUUUUCCUGGUCAAGUUCUGGGCGGACCUGAACUGGGGCCCGAGUGGCGAGGAGACAGGGUCAGGUGGCAGCAGCGGCGGCUUCUAUGGCGUGAGCAGUCAGUACGAGAGCCUUGAGCACAUGACCCUCACCUGUUCCUCCAAAGUCUGCUCCUUUGGCAAGCAGGUAGUGGAGAAGGUCGAGACAGAGCGUGCGCAGCUGGAGGACGGGCGCUUCGUGUACCGCCUGCUCCGCUCGCCCAUGUGCGAGUACCUGGUGAACUUUCUGCACAAGCUGCGGCAGCUGCCCGAGCGGUACAUGAUGAACAGUGUCCUGGAGAACUUCACCAUCCUCCAGGUGGUGACAAACAGAGACACGCAGGAGCUGCUACUGUGCACUGCCUACGUCUUCGAAGUCUCCACGAGUGAGCGUGGAGCUCAGCACCAUAUUUACCGCCUGGUCAGGGACUGACUUGCCCCCCAAAGACCCCCAUCUCUCGGACAGGACCCUCCAGAUCUUGCCCUGCUCCUCAUUUUGAGAAGGGGGCUGUGAUGAAAGGGGCUGGCCUCAGAGGCCUAAGUGACUGGGACUUAGCCUGGGCCCCCCGCCCCCACAAACCUAGGAGUUUACUUUUUGCUCUCUGGUCUUGAUGGAAAUGGGCUGGGACUGAGAGGAAAGGAUCGACCACCCCCUCACCCCCCACCCUCCAUACCGAGAUCUCACCCGGGAGGUGUCUGAAAGGACAGGUCACUCUAUAGCAGCGGUUCUCAACCUGUGGGUCUCGACCCUUUUGUGGGUUGAAUGACCCUUUCACAGGGGUCGCCCAA